CAACAGCGCAACGACCAGCUUUUGGGUUGCAGUUUCGAAACCAACCUUUGUUGCAUCAAAGAACGACGACUUGCAUCUCGCCUUUCCCUUUCAGGGUAGACGAACGUCCUGCCUACUUAAAGCACGCGAGGGAGAAUCCGUCCACGUCGCGUUGGUCUUUUCCCCCAUCCAUCUGGUCGCGCCGCUGUGUGUGCGUGUGUGUUGUGUGCAAAGGAUCCUUGUGCGGUAACGGAAGACAACGAAUCACUCCAACGCUAGCAAAGGAGAAGUAUACAGAGUCGCAUAUUCUGCACAUUGGACACUGGGUUACUGUAAUCCACGAUGAGGUUGCGAUACAUCGAUCGAACGUCAACAUUGGCAUGGUCGCCAGGACAGCAUGACACCCAUGGGCCCCUUCUCGCGACUGGAACCGUUGCUGGGGCUCUAGAUGCAUCUUUCAGCACCGCUGCUGAACUCGAAAUCUUUGACUUAAACUUGGCCGCUCAACCAGGAACGCCCGGCUCCAAAAAUUUGAGACGGCUGGGUGGUAUUACGUGUAGCGCCAGAUUCAAUCGGCUUGCGUGGGGUGCACUGCCGGGGGACACUACUCGACCUCUUGGAGUCCUUGCGAGUGGAAUGGAAAACGGGGAGCUGGACCUUUGGAACCCAGCUGCUAUCAUGGAUGGUGAUUCACAAAAAUCGCUGUUGAUGCGACACUCUAUUCAUGGUGGACCUGUUCGUGGGCUGGACUUUAGCCCUGUCCAGGGCAACUUGCUGGCAUCUGGUGCCACAGACGGAGAGAUUUAUAUCUGGGAUCUCACAAAUCCGACAAAGCCGUAUACCCCUGGAGCGAAAUCUCAGAGAUUAGAGGACAUUAGCACCUUAGCUUGGAAUCGACAAGUCGCAUACAUCCUCGGGACUGCUAGCAAUAACGGAUACACAGUGCUGUGGGAUCUUCGUCACAAAAAGGAAAUCAUUACGCUUGCUCAUCCAGGUGGGCGUAAACCUAUCACGGCGCUUGCAUGGAAUCCUGCUGUGGCUACACAACUGGUAACUGCGUCGGAGGAUGACAACGCCCCCGUAUUACUUGUUUGGGAUCUGCGAAAUGCGAGUGCUCCGCAAAAGGGUCUGCAAGGCCAUCAAAAGGGAAUUUUAUCAGUUUCAUGGUGUCCAAAAGACUCAGAUUUGCUGUUAUCCAGUGGAAAAGAUAACUCCACGCUCGCGUGGAACCCAACCACUGGAGAAAUGAUUGGUGAAUUGGCACGCAGCAACAACUGGUCGUUUGAUGUGCAAUGGUGUCCGCGCAAUCCUGACCUGGUCGCUAUCUCGAGCUUUGAUGGUAAUGUCUCGGUGCACUCCCUGCAGUCAUCUGGGGCGGAGGAAGGGGAAGAGCAGCCGGCCGCGGCACAGCCAACUAGUAACGAUCCUUUUGACGGAUGCUAUCAACAGCAACAGUCACAACCAGCGACCCAAUUUGCGCUACGACAACCACCAAAAUGGCUGCGUCGUCCUGUUGGUGCGACAUUUGGCUUCGGUGGAAAAUUGGUGUCCUUUGACACGCAAAGCAAGUGGAUAGCAGUUCGCACUGUCCCAACAGAGCCUACCUUUGCUAAGAGAGCCGACGAAUUGGAGGCGGUCAUGGCAGACGGCGCACUAGAUACGUACAAAGCUUUCUGUGAACGAAGGGCCGCCGCAGAUGAUGAAGGGGAUGCGGUUAACGAAACAGACCGUGAGAUGUGGUCGUUCCUGAAAGUGAUGCUGGAAAGUGGCGCUCGGGAACAGGUUCUCCAAUAUCUCGGUUUCGAUCGUAGUAAGGUUGGCGAAGACAGGCUGGCAGGGUUGUUGCAGAAGCUCAGAUUGUCUGCCUAUACCAAAGAUGAAGAGGAGGAGCCGCUAACAUCUGUGAGCGAGCCGCCAAGUGCGGUGAAACAAGCAGCUGCGGCUGAUGGUGGGCACCCCAAUGGUUUGACGAACCUCUUCGGCGCGUCGGAGGCGGACUUCCCAGAAAUACUGCCCCAAUCCGAUACCAUUGCCCCUGAAGAAGCGAAGAGGAUGCAAAAACGACGCUCAGAUCCAUUCUCUCUCUACCCAUCAAAAAAGACCGGCGAACAGGGAGAUAUAGAUACUCUAAUUACGAAAGCGAUCGUUUUAGGUGACUUUGAAACUGCGGUAGAUAUUGCCCUCGGUGCGAAUCGCUUGUCCGAUGCCCUUAUGCUGGCUGUGUCGGGGGGUCCGGAUCUUCUCCUGAGAACUCAACAGGAGUACUUUAAACGGCAAGCCAAGGAGAAGAGCUACGUGCGGGUACUCAAAAGCGUUGUAACCGGCGAUCUUGAGGAUAUUGUGGAGAACGGGAACCUGGACGGUGCAGAGGGAGGAUGGAAGGAUAUUCUGGCGCUUAUCUGUACAUACGGCAAGGCGGAGGACUCGUCUAGUCUUUUCUCAGCACUUGGCAGGCGACUUGAAGCAACUAGCCCUACCAGUCCUGACGGAGCCGACUACCGCGGAGCAACUAGGGAUAACAAAAAGUUUGCAGCAGUAUUAUGUUACCUCGCAGCCGGCGAUUUGAAAAAGGUUGUUAACAUUUGGAGCCGGAGAGAAAUUGAGGAAGAGCAUAGGCUGCUGGAGGGUGCUGGGUCGCAGAACAAGAAGCAAGUUACUGCUUACGCGUCUCAUAUUGUUGCUCUCCAGAGCCUCAUUGAAAAAGUUACCGUAUUCCGAAAGGCUAUUGGUUUCGUCGAUCCAGAACUUAGUAACCCGUCUGGAUUCUUUCAAUUGGAAAACCUGUACGACCACUAUGCGGAGUAUGCUGAUUCUGUCGCUGGACAAGGGAAAUUGGAUAUGGCAUGGACAUUGCUUGAACUCGUACCUGAAGGAUUCCGAUGGACGCCAAGAGAAGAGCGUCAUGGCCCACCUCCGGGCACAGAAGAUGCUAUUGCGGUGCUUAAAGAUAGAGUGUAUCGGAGUGGCGGCUUGAAACGACAGGUGACACGACCUCCCGGACCUGGCUUUGAGGUGAAAGAUAUCCUCGCACCUGCUCCAGUUCAUUACCAAGGCCCGCAGCAACCUUACGUAUCGCAGCCAGCGAACGGACCGACGCACAUUACUAAUAGUGCCUGGAAUCAACCGUCCUAUACCCCUGUAUAUGGACAGCAGACGGGUGGCCAGUAUUAUGCUCAGCCCCAACAGCCGGCAUAUGGUUACUCGCAGCCAACCCCGGCGACCUAUAACACCCAGUAUCAACCUUCUAGUUAUGGUCACGUAAGUAAUCCUCCUCCGGCUUCCGCGUACCCACCGCCGCCCGCGAGCAACGCGUUUGAUCAGCAAGCGCCACAGCCUGUUUCCAUGCAACAUACUACUCCGAAGACCGGCUUUAAUGAUCCGCCAAUGGUGCUGUCAAAGUCUCGCCUGGCCAGUAAUACCGCCCCUGUAAGUAAUCCGUUCCCGGGCGCACAGCAGCCAACAGCAACUGCUCCAUUGCCCCCACCACCGACAACGGGAUAUGCACAACAACCGUCAGCAUCUCCUGGACUGGGGCGGAGAACUCCGGCGCUGCCACAAAAUGGGCAGCAUGAAUACACGGCACAAACUGCUCCAGGAAGAAUCUUGUCUCCGCCCCCAACAGGCUAUCAGGCCGAUUACAAUAGUUACGGCCAACCACAACCACAACAACAACCUGGCUAUGGUGGCGCUGGACCUAUUCCGACACCCACUCCCCCACCUCCUACUCCUCCUAUAGGUGGGAAACCCACGAUCCCCAGCGUAGGCUUGCGAACGGCGACACCGCCAGUUUAUGCUGGAGCGCCGUCUACACAUGCUCAGGCACCCGUUGCCCAGAGUGGACUGCCGUCACCUGGUCCAGCGCGGACACCUACACCUCAGAGGCCACCAUCGGCUGCACCAGUGGCAUCUAAAUAUCCUCCUGGCGACCGUUCCCACAUUCCAGUGGCUCAUAAGCCCCUAUACGACGGAUUAACAAAGUAUUUGGAUCUAUUCCGUAGUGUCUCUAGUGCUCCUCAGCAAAGAAGAAUCUAUGACAAUGCGGAACGAAAUCUGAAUAUCAUGUUCGAUCAAUUGAAUGCGGAGGAGAUUCCAGCGGACGUUGUGGACAAGAUGAUGGAGCUGGUGAAAGCAAUGGACGUCCAAGAUUUUGCCACCGCGCACCGAAUCCAAAUCGAUCUCCUAACCACCCGUUUUGACGCAACCGGGCAAUGGAUGCUAGUCGUUAAGAGGCUCAUUGACGCUGCAGAGCGCGUAGCCGGUGGCAAUGCUGCCGCGGGAGGUCAGCACGCCCAACAAGCCCAGCCCAUGCAGUCCAUGCCACCAAUGCAAGCCAUGCAACCACCGCCACAGCAAGGUCCACCUCUACAGCACGGCAUGGUCGGUAUGCCACCCCCACCGGUAAAUCAACAAAUGGGGGGACCGGGUGCAUACGCUGGGGUCCCUCCGCCUCCUAUGGGCACAAUGGGAUGGAGGCAGUAAGGAAAAAACCAACCAUGUUUUCGGGGGAAAACGAAGCGCACCUUUACAAAAAUGGUUUAUGAAAAUAAGAGGUCUAUUUGGCGUCAUUUGGAUUCUUUGUUACUUUUUUGAGUUUGGUGGGGUGGUUGGUCGGAUGAAUGGAUGGAUUGGACUGAUUGCGAUUGAGACAAAAAAAAAUGAGGGGGGGAUGCAUGGAGGUUUGCGUAGUGGGUAGAUGUUUUAAAAACAUAACAUGUUUCUCUUUUACUUUGCUAGUCUCCGAUUUUUUUCUUAUUGGUCGAUUCUUUGACUGUGGAUG